AUGAAGAAUUUCAAUAGCUCUUUGGGGUUCUUACCUACAACAUUCAUUUUGGUUGGCAUCCCAGGGCUGGAGGCAGAACACCUGUGGAUAUCUAUCCCCUUCUGCCUGAUGUACAUCAUCAUCUUCCUUGGGAACGGCGCCAUUCUUCACGUCAUCAGAACAGAUGCUGCGCUAUAUCAACCGAUGUAUCUCUUUCUUGCUAUGUUGGCACUUACUGAGGUUGGUGUUUCUGCAUCCACCCUGCCUACAGUGCUAGGCAUAUUUCUUUUUGGCACUACAGAGAUUAGUUUUGAGGCAUGUCUUCUGCAGAUGUUCUUCAUACAUUCUUUUUCCAUUAUGGAAUCUGCUGUGCUGCUGGCCAUGUCUGUGGACCGCUUUGUGGCUAUCUAUAGCCCACUACGCUAUACAUCCAUCCUGACACUGCCCCGCAUCUUUGGCACAGGAGCUAUCAUUGGACUGAAAAGCAUUACGCUAAUGGUACCAUUGCCCAUUCUCUUACAGUGCCUACCCUUCUGUGGCCAUAAUGCCCUGUCCCAUUCCUACUGCCUUCACCCCAACCUUAUCCAUCUACCUUGUGGUGACAUUUCCAUUAACAAUAUCUAUGGGCUUUUCAUUGUUAUCUCCACUUUUGGACUGGAUUCAUUGCUGAUUGUGGUCUCCUAUGGGCUCAUACUCUACACUGUACUGGGCAUCACCACUGGAGAGGGGCGGAGGAAGGCAUUCAAGACAUGUGGGUCACACGUCUGUGCUGUGCUCACUUAUUAUGUGCCCAUGAUUAGCUUGUCUAUGGUGUACCGCUUUGGACACCACGUGUCCCCUCUACUGCAAGCAAUGAUGGCCAAUGCUUACCUCUUCUUCCCACCUAUUGUCAACCCCAUUGUCUAUAGCAUUAAGACCAAGGAGAUCCAUCGUGGCAUUAUCCAGAUGCUAUCAGAGAAAAGACCCAGAGUUUAA